AUGCCGCCAACCGAGCUUCCAGCCUCUGGCAACCCGCUAGUCUUCUUCGAUAUCACUCUUGGAGGCGAACCUCUGGGCCGCAUCAAGUUCGAGCUCUUCAAAGACGUGGUUCCCAAAACCGCCGAGAACUUCCGCCAGUUCUGCACCGGGGAGGCCAAGAACAGCGUCGGUCGCCCCCAGGGCUACAAGGGCUCCAAGUUCCACCGUAUUAUCCCCAAUUUCAUGUGCCAGGGCGGCGACUUUCUCAAUGGCGACGGCACCGGCUCCACCACCAUCUGGGGCUUCAAGGCGUUCGAGGACGAGAAUUUCAACCUGAAGCACGACCAGCCUGGCCUUCUCUCCAUGGCGAACGCUGGCCCCAACUCCAACGGGAGCCAGUUCUUCAUCACCACUGUCCCGACCCCAUUUUUAGACAACAAGCACGUGGUGUUUGGAAAGGUGGUUGAGGGGAUGGAUAUCGUGAAGAAGAUGGAGGCGACCAAGACCGGGUACCGAGGAAAGGACGUCCCCAAUAUGGACAUUGUCAUUUCUCAGUGCGGCGAGAUGUGA